AAACAACUAGUUGCUGGAUUUUUUACGAACAACAAUUGCUCGUAACAGAGUUAACCUACGAACAAUUAGCGUCUGUGUUCUUUUGUUGUAAGUAAUAGUGUAUUGUUUUGUUUUGUACAAUAAAACUUUGCACCGCGUAACCGUAGCAUGGUUCCUGGUCGAAAAAAUCGGAAGUAUGCAAAUUGCGAGUGCCAAUUUCCUCGAUUUUCGGCUUUUAAACAGUCGUACGUCAGAAGUUCGACAGCGAAUUCGAAUUACAGACGUAUUCCUAAAAGGUUUAGUCGCAAACAGUUAAGAGAAAUCAAGAAGCGAACGAACUUCCCAGAAAGACCUGUGUCUUCAUUUUUGUUAUACUUCCGCGAUCACCAGGGCGCUCUGAGAUCGGAAAAGAAAUGGAAAAUAACAAAAGUUGCCAAAAUUUUGGGGAAAAAGUGGAGAAAUUUAGACGAAGAUACAAAAAAUCGUUACGUAAGUAUGGCCGAAAAAGACUGAACUAGAUAUCGGAAGGAGAAAAAUGCUCUUCAUCCUUUGGCGUCAAGUCCUACGAAAUUGCUCAAAUACGAAUCGAGGCCAUAUUUGCCGAAGAAAAAUGUACCCGCUUUCAUGUUCUUUUAUAAAAAUACGUAUCGGUACGAGAGAGAGAAAAAUCUUACGUUGAAAGUUUGGCAAGUAGCUAAGAAAUUAGGAAGAAAAUGGAAGGGUAUGGAGAAAGAAGAGAAAGAGGAAUACCUAGAGAUGGCCGGCAGAGACAGAGAACGAUACUAUCAACAGAAGAAAGGAAUGACUCAUCUAGAUCCAAAAAUGGUUUCGUCCGGUCGUGAAAUAAACUAUUUCGAUCCGUUUAAAUUGCUGUUCAAAGACAACGAACGAGGCAAAUAUAAAAGUCUAAAUGGGAUACUCGAGUAUAAAUAUCUGUUAACUGUGUUGUUUCUGAGAAUUGUAUUCGAUACCAAUCCAUUCGCAACUCUGCAAUAAUUGCAAAAAACUUUCAAAAUUGUCAAAUCCUUUCCGAAUUAAUAAAAUAAAGCAAUUCUAGUUAUUUUCUUCUCCCGCCGGCACUGAAAAGACAUUUUUCGUAUCUCCAGACCCGGGUUCCUUGGCCAGUCACUUACUUCGAAUGUCGUGGUGGGUCGGAUCCUUCUGUAACGGGUGGAAUUAUGCCUUAGGUGAAUCGUGUGCUAGGAAACGUGACGUCAUUGCCGUAUCGCGUAAUGCCUCCACUAUUCGGCGAAAAAAAACGAAGCAUCCACCAGGAGAAUGUUCUCGGGAAACGUCACGGA